AUGAUGGCAAACCUGCCCUCUGUCUUUGAUGCAAGUGAAAAGAAUCACAUAAAUAUGAGUGAACAAUUUUAUUUCAAAAAUCAAACUGGGCUAAAAGAGAUACAUUAUUUCGUCCGUAAGUUUGAAUUCAAUGAUUCUGUCAUAAUACGCAUGAAGCAUUACAAUUAUACUAUUACUAAAGGUUAUGAAGAGAUGUGCAUGAUGGAGUUCGCAUUUCUGGAUUCGAUCGGUUCUCAAGCAAUUCAGCUUGAAGUUUUACCUGUCCUUGGUCGAUUUUCAUUGAUAUGCAAUGAAGACAUAUAUCGCAGCGUUAGAUAUCCACGAAUUGAUCCUGAGUACUAUUACGAAUUUGUGAUAAUAUUCUCAAAUAUUGACAUAUUGGUAUUUCAUAAUGAAGUACAUAUUAUUAAUAUGAAAAAUUGUUCCAAUCGGAUUACCGAUAUUAACAGGUUCAAACACUCAUCAUAUGACGUAUUAAAAUUUGAAGCAGUGGUGGAAAUCCAAACCACAACAUCGCGAAUCCCAGGCAAUUGGCAUAUUGUAAAACCGAUUUCAUUAAACCAGAAAAUCAUUCUGGACUAUUUUCCGGGAACCAAGAACAUAAUUACAAUCGUAGUAGGCGAUAGAAACGGAAUACCAGCAAUUACUGUAACCAUAGACUACAUAAAAGGGAUACUUUAUACAAAACGCGAUAUAGUAGACGAUGAAAACAUACAAUGCAUCAAUUUUAGAAAUAGUCAACAAUUUAAACAACCUAUGUUGGGUAGAAUUGAGAUUGGCGUGUUCACAUAUCGAUUUAAGGUUGAUAUGAAAGUAGAAAAAAGUGGAUUGAAGAGUCACAUGGAAGGAUGUAUGAUUUAUGGUCAUCAUUUAUGUCCUUACGACAUCGAGCAAACUAUUAUUGAUGCAAAAAGUGAUGCAGUAUUUUUCGCUCAUUACAUAGAAACAGCAUGA